UUGUCUAUAAAUUGAUAUCUGCAGACACUGCCAAGUCUUCUCCUGCGUAUUCUUAAGCUACCGUGUUUUUGGAUCGAAACCUCCUCCGCGGCGCCGCAAUGGGACACUCCAACGUUUGGAACUCUCACCCCAAGAAUUAUGGUCCUGGUUCUCGUACUUGCCGUGUGUGUGGAAACCCACAUGGAUUGAUCAGGAAGUAUGGCCUUAUGUGCUGCAGGCAGUGCUUCCGUAGCAAUGCCAAGGAGAUUGGCUUCAUCAAGUAUCGCUAAGGAGCUCGUCACCUCCCUACCAAUGUUUUUUUUCUGGCCCUAGGAUGUUCUGAGGAUGUUAUGUUUGAAGAAACUUGAGACUUUAUUUUGUCAGACUUAAUUUGUGGAUUUAAGAAAUACUUUUAAAUAUAUUGUUUUGAACUUUCUAUAA